CCUCUCAGGGACCUCACGCUCUUUCAACAACCUUCCCUCACCUCCAACACUCCCAACCCAGGCGCUCCAGGACGGAGAAUCGACGGCAACAAUCAACAUUGGACAGAGAGAAGCAGCGGAGCGGUGGGCAUCUAGGGGAAUCGAGGACAAAGUCAACACCCUUCACAUCACCUCAAGUGCGACGCCAUAAUGGCCGACUCAUCAGGAUUCGGCUCAUCGCAAAACGGCGAGUACGACGAGCAAUGGGCAAAGGACUUGCGGGUACAGUUCGAGGGCUUAUUGCGGACGAAACGUCUGAACGAACUCGACCGAUCGCGAUCACGGACCUCGUCACCAUCACCGCGAGAGAGCGCUUCGUCGAGCAACCUUCGAGCCGCAGCCUCUCAAUCGCUCAACCCUCCACAGUCACCAGGCUACCGACCAUCGACAUCGAGUGCCUCUCAAUUCAGCGCAACUCCUCCUUCCUACGCGUCGUUGCGAAAUCUACCCAAGAUCCCGUCAGCACCUGCCGAUGCGCAGUCGCAGAAGUUCAGAAACCUAUUAAUCUCAUUAUCAUUGACACCUAUGAAGUACGAAAACCCUGGGUUGUUAGACGAAGCGUUGCAGGUUAUCCCGCUGGAUAGAAUAUAUGGUGAGGCAGAAGAGGAAAGCCAGGUGCUGCAAGCGCAGGCUGAGAGCAUGGGAGAUGGACGGAAGCCUGAGUGGGGUUAUCAAGACUGUGUCAUCCGUGCAUUAUUAAGAUGGUUCAAGCGAUCGUUCUUCUCAUGGGUCAACAAUCCCCCAUGUUCGGUCUGUCUUUCACCAACAAUUGCCCAAGGGAUGACACCUCCCACACCCGACGAGUCAGCAUACGGAGCGCUCCGAGUCGAAUUAUACCGAUGCUCCGCUGGUGAUUGUGGAGCUUAUGAAAGGUUUCCACGCUACGGUGAUGUGUGGCGGUUACUCCAAACCAGGAAAGGACGAUGUGGAGAAUGGGCCAACGUUUUCAGCAUGUUAUGUCGAGCAGUCGGAGGUCGCGUUAGAUGGGUCUGGAAUGCCGAGGACCACAUCUGGACGGAGGUUUAUUCUGAGAUGCAAAAACGAUGGAUCCAUGUCGACGUUUGUGAAGAGGCUUGGGACAACCCACGACUAUAUGCUGAGGGAUGGGGCAAGAAGAUGUCUUACUGCAUCGCCUUCUCAAUUGACGGCGCAACAGAUGUCACUCGCCGCUAUGUGCGAAAGACUGAGCAGGCACUUGAACGGAACCGAUGUCCCGAGGAAGUCAUGCUCUACAUCCAAAAUGAGAUCCGCAUGCUACGAAGAUCGAACAUGGCAAAGGACGAACGAUUCCGUCUUGAGAAGGAGGAUAGCAGGGAAGACAAGGAACUCCGAGGAUACGUCGUGGCAUCAAUUACUCAAUCCGUCGUCCACAACCUCCGACCAGUCGAUCCAGCAACCAUGAAUUACCCAGGUGGGGGAAACCCUCCCCCAUCCGGAGGAAGCGGAUCCGAUCAGAAGCUGCCUGCUGAGCAGCCUGCUGGUCGACAGAGCGGUGCUCAGGAAUGGAUCAAUGCCAGAAAUGAGAAUGGUCCACGCCUCCCACCGCGGGAUCCUCACCAACGUGGAAUUUGAAAACGAAUCACGAUCGUCCAUCCCUUCCAUCACACACCGACCCGACAAAGUCGAGGUCACGUCGGGCCAAGUCCUCGAGCCAGCCAUCAUCGCAAAGACCUGAAGCGCCGAGUCGACACGCCCAAGUAUCAACGCUUCACGACUGAUACACGAUACACAUACAUACGCA